UGUGAACCCGCUCAGGACCUUUAGCGGGAUUGCGUCACUUUUACAUUCCAAGAUGGCGGCGCCCAGAGGUCGGCCGGGGUGGAUGAGCUUGUAAGGAAGCAGCGUUGCACUGUUUUCAGUUAACGUGAGUGCAUCAUCAUGAAUGCCCAUCCAGCUGGCAGUCAGCUUGUUAGGAUUUUAAGACUCUGCAGUUCUUUCCCUCAAACGUUUACUGUAACUGGAUAUAGAAGUUGUAGCACUUUGGUCCAAAAAACUGGAUUUGUGUCAUCAAGGAAGCAAAAUGGCUUAAUUUACCACUUGAAUAAUUGUAUGAGUUUAACUUUAGUCCACUUCCAAUCUUCCAAAAGGAUUUCCCACAUUCCAAGCAAAGCAGAAGAUGUAAAUAACCAUGACAGGGAAACCAGAGACUCUAGUGUUGAAACCACUGUUUCCCUCAACCAGUCAGCAAACGCCACAUCUUGGCAGUUCAGAGAACCUACCGCUGAGGUUUCUUCCACAGAGCAGAAAAACAUGUCACUGACAGAGAGGAGACAAAUUUGGGGACAAUUCUACGAUGAGCUUCGGCAGUGCACCUCUCCCACUGAUGUGUUGGACUUGUACAGGCAAUCUGACGUGACCUGGAGACAUAUCAGCAACUCCCUGAUGGCCAUGUGGGAAACCACAAAGAAAUUGUCGGACGAUCAGAAACGUUAUGAGCGGAAGCUGAUGUUUGAGCACCCAGUCUUUGAGAAGAUUUGUCAGCAGACCUCGAAGGAAGUUCGGCUAAUGAGAUGUAGUGACUUGGUUUAUAGCCUUUUCGCUCUGGUAAAAAUAGGAGUGUCCCAGCAUAGCCAUCUUAUUCAUACACUACUGAGGGCUUCCCAGGAGCGUCUGAACGAGUUUGAUGAGCGGGCUCUCUCGGUGCUGUCCAGCUGCUUGAGAGACAUGGAGGAGAGUAAAAACGUCACUGUACUGCGGGCAGGCCUGAGGCUACUUGUGGAACUGCGUAUCCCAAGCAUUAAGACAGUGAUGGCUCUGCAGACCAUGAUGAGGUGUAUUGGUAAAGAAUCCCCACUGCCUCUGAAGAAAAAACUGGAGAACAAAGCGCUGUCAUUGCUGAAUCAGUUCACUCUUCCAAACUCGCAGUACAUGUUCAUCACUUUGGCAGCCAUGGGUUACCGCUCGUACCCACUCUUAGAGGCUUGCAGUAACAGGAUUAUCGACAAUAUCCACGGCAUCCCAUUUUGGCGACUUGUGCACAUCUUACAGUCGUGUAAGGACCUCAGUUACCGGAAUCCGGCUCUUCUCACUGCUAUUGGCACCCACGUGGCUUCCAUGCUACCUGUCUGGGAGGUUAAGCAGCUGAUUAUCUUGCUAACACAGCUUGCCGAGUUCGGAUUCCGUCAUACCGAGCUGAUGGAUGGCUUCGCACAGAUGGUGCCAGCAAUAUCUGAAUCCCUAACUUUUAACCAUGUGCUAUCAACUCUUCGUGUUUACUCCCAGUUGAACCAUUACCCGGAAGAGGGGCAUAUCAAAUUUGUAGAGACUCUCAUCGAACUGUUUCAGUCACAUAUGUCAAAGUGUUCAUCGGUGGAGUUGCUUCAGGGAGUUUACUACCUUUGUCUAAUGGGACACUAUCCCCCAGCUGUGCUAAACUAUCUCUUCCAGGGUGAGGUCCUGAGCAAGCUCCAGUCCUCAAACAAUUUCAAUCAAGUGUCAAAUAAGCGAAUGCUUCAGUGCAUCAAGCUCUGUAUGGAGUUAGAGAAUCCUUCCUUUGCCGUGCCAGACGUUGCUGGGAUCGCAGAACCCUUGCCAACCAAUAUUGUUGUAAACUCGGCCAUGAAGGAGUUGGUGGAUACCAUCCUGGGUGACAGUAGUCUGUAUCGCUGUGGGUCGCUUUUGAGAAACAUUCAUUUGAUAGAUUUUGAAUUUGCUUUGGACCAGGAGAGAAAACAAAUAGUAGCUUUUCCUGAAGAUGAUGAAAUUGUCCAGAGUACCAACGUACAGAGAGUGACAGUGCUGUGCGCACCAGUCUCUGCCUUUUGUCUUGGGACAGGGCAUCCCAAAGGCAAACUGGCACUGAAGAUCCGGCAUCUCAAGGCACUGGGCUAUCACGUGGUAUUGGUGUCAGACCAUGAGUUUGGAAAGAUGUCAGAAGAUGAAAGAGUUCAGUUUUUAAGGAGAGCGAUCUUUGCAGAAUGAAUAACCUUUGAGAAGUCACACUGCUGUGGACAAGAUGUGAUCAACUGCCUCAGCCCCUGACAGCAUGGCACUCUCCUUGGGAGGCAACCAAAACGUACAUUUUUUAAAAAUUUGGCAAUAGAAACUACCUCCCUACAAGAUGCAAAACCCCAUACAUACUGCAAAUAAGAAGGAUAAACAAAAACCAGGCAACAUUUGUGUAGAGAACAAGGGUUACCCUGACUCUAUCUCCACAGAUGCUGAAUGAUCAGCUAAGUAUUUCCUACACUUACUGUUGCCAUGCUUCCACCUGCUGGAAUGCUACUGUUGGGCUUCACAGAACAGGUACAGCUUUGUGUGAAUAAUGUGGAUCAGAUCCACAACAGACAUUUUUAUAAAAUAAAAUGAAUGAUUUAAGUGACAAAUACACACAUUAAAAAGUCAAUUUUU